AUGCAUUCUCCUGUUAUCUAUUGUCGAUUAGCAUCCACAAAUGUUCUAUUACGUUCUCGAUUGGGUUCAUAUUUUAAUGAGGUAACAUGCUGUUGUAAUCAUCAGCGCCAAUAUUCUCUAAAAGUGCCCAUUCAAAAACAACAAAGUAAAAGUCGUGCAACGACGACAUCAAACGCAACGUUAAUCCAACGAUCACAUCCAAAAAAAGCAGCGUCAGUCGUAACAAAUUUAAAACAAUUAUUUACACCAGUUGAAGUCAAACCAAUGAUUACUUCACAACCUGAUAUCAUAUCAUCCGCUACGUCUUCUUUAUCAGGAAAUGGAACUUAUCAGACGCAAACGACUGCAACGACCAAUGUUGGUCAAGAAUUAACUGGAACGGUACUGCAAAGAAAUGAUUUACUACGAAUAAUUACAGAUUUUUAUCGUCGCGAUGAAAUUAAAAAAUUAGCAGCCGACAAUGGUCUGGAUAUUCGAUUAUUUCAAGAUGCCUAUGUUAGUUUUCGAAAAUUUUGUGUACAAUCAACUGUGUUACCCGUCGAUUUACACAUUGUAUUCAGUGAUAUUUUGUCAAAUGCUGGACAUGUGACAGAUAUAUUUCCAUAUUUUUUAUCCCAUGCAAGAGAAAUGUUUCCACAUUUAACGUGUAUGGAUGAUCUAAAACAAAUUAGUGAUCUUAGAGAUCCAGCUAACUGGUAUCCUGAUGCACGCGCUAUUCAACGAAAAAUUGUUUUUCAUGCUGGACCUACGAACAGUGGCAAAACCUAUCAGGCACUUAAACGAUACAUGGAGAGUGAAAGUGGUGUUUAUUGUGGACCAUUGAAAUUAUUAGCAUCUGAAGUGUAUCAUAAAACAAACGCUUUGGGAACAAAAUGUGAUCUAAUUACCGGUGAAGAAAGACGUUUUGCGGAUCCUGAAGGAAAACCAGCUGAUCAUGUUGCGUGUACUGUUGAAAUGGCAAAUCUAGCAACGCUAUAUGAAGUGGCUGUGAUUGAUGAAAUACAAAUGAUGCGUGAUGCACAAAGAGGAUGGGCAUGGACAAGAGCAUUACUUGGUUUACGGGCCAAAGAAAUUCAUUUAUGCGGUGAAGCAUCAGCCAUCAACUUUGUACGGGAAUUAAUGAUAACAACAGGUGAUGAGGUUGAAGUUAGACAAUAUCAACGUCUAACAAACUUAACUUAUUUAGAUAAAUCAAUCGAAACAUUUGAUAAUGUUAGACGAGGUGAUUGUUUCGUAUGCUUCAGUAAAAAUGAUAUAUUUCAUGUCACCAGAGAAUUAGAACGACGUGGACAUGAAGUAGCGGUUAUUUACGGGUCAUUACCACCAGGAACAAAACUAUUGCAAGCACAACGUUUUAAUGAUCCAUAUGACGUAUGCAAAAUAAUGGUAUCAACUGAUGCAAUUGGAAUGGGAUUGAAUUUGAGCAUCAAACGUAUCAUAUUUUACAGUAUCGUCAGACCACAAAUGAACGAAAAGGGAGAGAAAGAAAAAGAUUCUAUAACAACGUCUCAAGCAUUGCAAAUUGGUGGAAGAGCUGGACGUUAUGGAACACAAUUCAUUGAUGGAGAAGUAACAACGUUUCAUCGUGAUGAUUUACAAUUGUUUAAAGAUAUUGUUAGUCGACCAGUUGAAAUCAUUCAGCGUGCUGGACUACAUCCAACAGCGGAACAAAUCGAAUUAUUUGCCUAUCAUUUACCAAAACAUACAUUAUCAAAAUUAAUUGAUAUUUUCAUCACAUUAUCUCAGUUAGAUGAUAGCUUAUAUUUUAUGUGCAAUGUAGAAGAUGUCAAAUUUCUAGCUGAUAUCAUAGAGCAUGUACCAUUACCUCUAAAGCCACGUUACAUAUUUUCUUGUGCACCAAUCAACAGAAAAAUGCCAUUUGUUUGCACAAUGUUUUUGAAGUACGCUCGUCAGUAUAGUCGUGGUGAACCAGCUACAUUCAAUUGGCUAGUUAAACAAUUACAAUAUCCAUUUCAAACACCGAAUACAAUUAUGGAUUUAAUACAUUUAGAAGAAGUAUUCGAUUGUCUAGAUCUUUAUCUAUGGUUAAGUUAUCGCUUUGCGGAUAUAUUUCCGGAGAAAGAACUUGUUCGUGGUGUUCAAUCUGAAUUAGAUCAAAUUAUUCAUUUGGGUGUUCAAAGCAUUGUCAAAUUAAUUCGUCGAACAAGACAUUUGGACGACGAUUCAGAUGGACUGAUAAUAACGGCGACCACACUGGCAGUCGAAGAUGCUGUUAAUGAUAAAAAUAAAAUACCGGUGAGACCAAUUAUUGGACUCGAAGAAGAAGUAGCCAUUAAUUCUACUUCACACAGUACUACACAUCCAUCCAUCAUGUCAUCGUCUAAAAAACUACAACAGACAAUACAUCCCAAUCGAUUAUUACAGUCAUAUUUAAAUGCAUUAAAAAGUCAAGCAGAAGCACGUGGUCAUGCAUUUAAUGAUAGUGAAGAUUUAAUAAAUCAAUUGAUCAAUAAAAACUUACUACAUCAACGAGCCGUAGAUAAACUUGAAAAACAAUUAUGCAAUUAUAAAGAAAUUAAGACUACAACAACAGUAGCAACACGAGUAAAUAAGAACCACAAUAAUACCAUUGGCAUAAAAAAGACGAAACGAAAAUAA